AUGUUACGAAGGUCGCGCAAGUCGCUACUGCAGCUCGCCUCUAUCUGUAUCGUAAUCUAUCUCAUCGUCUCUCUGGUUCAACCAUCAGCGCCGAAGCUGUACUCGUGGAACACAAUCCGCUAUCGAACAACGGCAGCAAGCCUACCCGAAGCUCGAGGCUUGUGUCCAGGACUCGAAGAUAGCUCCAAGCCUGCCUUGAUCGUGUCACAUGUUGCUGCCGAUGGCGAAACUGCUUGGUUGAAGAGACUCUCUUCCAAGUACCAUCUCUGCAUCUACGACGUCGACGCGCCGAUAGAUCCGACCGUAAAAUAUCUUCGCGUACCUGCCAAUCGUGGCCACGAGUCCAUCACCUACCUUACCUUCCUUAUCGACAACUACGAUUCCAUUCCACAAGCCGGCGCCGUCUUUAUACACGGCAACAGGUUCCAAUGGCACAACGACGAUCCACUUUACGACAAUGCCGCCAGCCUAGCCGCCUUGAACGUCCCCUCGGCUCUCUCAGCCACCGGCUACCACAACCUUCGCUGCGAUUGGAGUGCUGGAACAUGUCCAAAAGACUCUGCUCCUGCCCAAGGAAGUCUUGAAACCACUUUCAACUCUAUACUACAACCAUGGAGCGCCCGAUCAGUCUCGGAUGCUGCCAUGCCCAAGGCAUUUGCAGUUCUGUUCGGCGGAGAUGAAUACUUAAAGAACGGAAAGAGCAAAGGGCUGAAACUUGGAAGAGGAGAUCCCGUGCGCGCACAGUGUUGUGCUCAGUUUGUCGUCUCCAAAGAAGCCGUACACCGCCACACCCGCGAGGAAUAUGUUGCACUGCGACAAUGGCUGCUCGAUGGCUACGGCAUGUCACGCAACUCCAACGCUGCUCCUCGCGAUGACCGUAUUGCUGGCCGCGUGCUAUCUUAUCUUUGGCACAUUCUCUUCAUCCCGCAGCACCAUGGACGUGUGGACCUGGAUCAGCUGAACGAGCAGGCGUGCCCGAGUGCCUCUGACUGUUACUGCCGCCUUUAUGGAAAGUGCAAACUCAGUUGCAACAACAGAGCUUGCUAUGGACAGUAUCGUCUUCCUCCGAACAUGCGCCUCCCCGACAACUGGGCCGAUCUUCACGGCAACGACAUUUAUGAACCUGGUGUUGAAGCUCUCAAUGGCAGAUUGUAUCCCAAGCCCUUCGAACCUUGA